CCCCAACAUAAAACAAGCUGUACGCUUAAGGUCCAGUCUGAUUGCAACAAUGGCCAUGGAUCGGAGGGGGCAUGCUAAGGCCCAAAAAAGCUUUCCGUCCAAAAGGCGGGAAUUUUGGCGUUCUAUCGAACAGCGGAACAAUUGUCAUAUCAUUAUGUUUUUUCUAACUCUGGUAAAAGGUUCUGAAUCAUUUCUGUAAUCUAUGUUGCACGCCCUUGAACGCAAAAGAAUCGACACAGUCUUCUUUAACUCUCGCUUUUACCUAAGACCGCCAGAAAAGACAGCAGCAUAGUCAAAUAAUGGAGGCCAUUCUAAAGAGGUACUUUGGAUUCUCGGCGUUUAGGCCGUAUCAGAAAGAAGUCAUUCAGGCCAUUCUUCGUGGGAAGGAUUGCUUGGUGGUUACGGGCACCGGAAGUGGGAAAUCCUUAUGUUAUCAGGUACCGCCUUUGGUCGUUGGAAAGACUGGCAUAGUUGUUAGCCCCCUUAUAUCAUUAAUGCAGGAUCAGGUAAUGGCUUUAAAACAAAGAGGGAUCAAGUCUGAGUACCUUGGAAGUACUCAGACUGAUUCCACAGUUCAAGCCAAGGCAGAGAGUGGUCAAUAUAAUAUCUUGUUCAUGACACCAGAAAAGGCAUGCUCUCUUCCCUUGAGUUUUUGGUCAAAAUUAAAGAAGGCAGGAAUUUGUUUGUUUGCCGUUGAUGAAGCACACUGCAUUUCCGAGUGGGGGCAUAAUUUUAGGGCAGAAUACGAACUGCUGGACGAUUUUCGCGAUGUUCUACCAGGUCUUCCAUUUGUUGCACUGACUGCCACUGCACCUGAAAAGGUUCGGAGUGACAUUAUUAAUUAUUUGAAGAUGAAAGACCCUCAAGUUACCAUUGGUUCAUUCGAUCGAACAAAUCUUUUCUAUGGAGUCAAGUUUUUUAAGCGUCCUCGAUUAUUCAUGAAUGAGCUUGUGCUUGAUAUCUCUAAGUAUCUAGCCUCUGGUGGUUCAACUAUCGUUUACUGCAGGACAAUUAAAGCUGUUGAGCAGAUAUCCAAGUCACUUAAAGAAGCAGGGAUUAGUGCUGGAAUUUAUCACGCUCAAAUGGACAAAGAAUCACGUGCAGAAUCCCACAGACUAUUUAUAAGGGAUGAAGUGCAAGUCAUGGUUGCCACUGUUGCUUUUGGUAUGGGUAUUGACAAACCAAAUGUAAGACAGGUGAUACAUUAUGGCUGCCCAAAGAGUCUAGAAUCUUAUUAUCAGGAAAGUGGGCGAUGUGGUAGAGAUGGUAUUGCUUCUGUUUGCUGGCUUUAUUACACGAGAAGUGAUUUUGCUAAAGCAGAGCUCUACUGUGGUGAAUCACCAACUGAAAACAAAAGAACAGCUAUUAUGGAGUCAUUGAUGGCUGCACAGCGGUAUUGUUCUAUAGCAACUUGCAGAAGAAACUUCUUGCUCGGUUAUCUUGGGGAAAAAUCUCAGUCUGAAAAAUGUGGAAAUUGUGAUAAUUGCAUAGACUCAAAAAAGGAGCAUGACAUGUCAAAAGAAGCAUUUCUUCUACUGGCCUGCAUCCAAUCAUGCAGGGGUAAAUGGGGACUGAACAUGCCUGUAGAUAUUCUUCGUGGAUCUAGAGCAAAAAAGAUGAUGCGUUAUGAUCAGUUUGAUAAGCUUCCACUUUAUGGACUUGGAAGAGAAUACUCAUCAAAUUGGUGGAAAGCACUAGCUAGUCAACUAAUUUCAAAUGGCUAUUUGACAGAGAACAUACGCGAUUUCUACAGAACCAUAGGUAUCAGUGCAAAAGGGGAAAAAUUUCUCAAUUCUGCCAGACAGGACUGCCAACCACCUCUAGUUUUGCCGAUGACGAGUGAAAUGACUGGUGAAAAUGAAGAUGCCAGUGCACUAAGUGAAUCUGGGAAAAUGGAUAAUUUGGCCACUUUGAAGAGUGGACUUUCAGAGGCCGAGGAAAAACUCUUUCAAUUACUUUUAGAAGAGAGAAUGAAGCUUGCUAGAAGUGCUCGAACUGCCCCGUAUGCCAUUUGUGGUGAUCAAACAGUUCAAAGAAUUGCAUUGACUAGACCAUCUACUAAGGCAAGAUUAGCAAAUAUUGAUGGUGUCAACCAGCAUCUGCUAAAAAUGCACGGAGAUCUAAUUCUUGAAGCAGUCAAGCGUCUAUCACAACAAGUCAGUCUAUCACUGGAUGGCGAAUAUAGAGAACCAAACAAACGACGACCAUUGGCUCCAGAAAAGUUCGAAGCUUGGAAAAUGUGGCAUGAACAUGGUCUCUCGGUGCAGAAAAUUGCUAACUUCCCUGGUAGAUCGGCACCUAUCAAAGAAACUACCGUUUCUGGGUAUAUUGUUGAUGCAGCCCAGGAAGGAUAUGAAAUCGACUGGACCAAAUUUUGUGAUGAGAUAGGAUUUACAUGUCAGAUAUUCUCCGACAUUCAAUCUGCUGUCACAAAGGUUGGAUCUGCUGAGAAGUUGAAGCCGAUAAAAAGUGAAUUACCAGAAGAAAUAAAUUAUGCACACAUCAAGACUUUUCUGGUAAUGCAAAGCUGUGGAAUGUCCCCUAAAGGUCUGGACAAAAAAACCGACAAACCAAGAACUGGUGCAUCAUCGCUUUGUUGGAAUAAAUGGUAUAUGACCGUUCGUACAAAGUUGCAUUGUUUCAUGAAUGAACAUAUCUUUUCUAAAAUAACCCAUUUAAAAAAUAGACGCGACUAUUUGAAUAGCCGUAAAUAGUCUAUAAAUGCCGCAUAUUUUUCAAACUGUUUAAGAGAACUUUUUUCUAUAUUAAUUUUCUAUCACAGACAUUUCUCACUCUAGUAAACUUUGUUCAAUUUCAGUUUAUUUCCACAAAAUAUAGUUUUUUAGAUCUUGUGGACAAGUUUAUUUCCACAAAAUAUAGUUUUUUAGAUUUUGUGGACAAGGUGUUGCUUCCAUGAGAAAGUUAACCUGUUCUAUCUAGGAGACAAUUACUCAUGAAAUUCGGACAAGAGUGAGUAAAAUUACAACAUGAAUUUUGUUGCGCUUAGAUUA